AUGGCAGUGAUCAAAAUUAAAAGACUGAGGAAACCCUCGGAAGAUGAACAAGAGGUGGAACAGAAACCAACAAAGAUACGUAUUAAGACCAAACCUGUACAGGAAUCAACAAAGAAGAAUAAGUUGAAAAUAAAUUUAAAGAGGAAAACAAAUGACAAGGAUGUAGCAAAAGGGAAUGUAGAAUCUCAAACUGAUGGAAACGGUUUGAAAUUGAAAUUGAAUCUGAAGAAGCCAGAUAGGAAGCCAAAAAAUGAGCAUAAGACUCCUCGUAUACGCUUGAAACCAAUACGUGUUCCUGGAGAAGGUUACGAUUCAGAAGCAUCCGAUGUGGAAGAUGAUCCAUUAAUAGAAGAAGGGAUAGUGAUGAGAGUGCAGCCCCAUGCUCAAUCCGAAUUUAUUAAAAAUUGUAUAGAAACUGGAGAUUACUCAGAACUUAAUAUAAAAUGGAAAGGGGCAAGACAUGCCGUUAUCUACAUCAAUUCUAUACCAUUUGGUGCGGUUUUAGUUAAUUUACCAACAAUCGUGGAAGUUCAUAAGAGUGUGGAUAGAAAAAACUUAAUGAAAACAGUUGAUUUAUCGCAGAUGCUUCUUGUUAUUAAACAAAUCGAAGAAGAAGAGGACGUGUUCAAGCUGCAUUCUCCUGAUGCAGAAGACUUGGUAACAAAACAUUAUGAUAAGUAUCUAGAAGAAAUAAAUGCAUAUAAAAAAAGUUUUAUAAUGGGCUAUAAUGGUGGACCAUUAACAGAGGCUGAAGGAAAACAUAUAGAUGAGAUUGUCACUAAAAAAUACGAUUACAUGCAUGGUCUGACUGCUCCACUUUAUAAUGUUCGUAACAGAAGAUUUAGAAGAAAAAUGAAUUCUCGUGAGUUUGACUAUGCAGAAAGGGUAGUUUCUACGUUGUUAGAGCAAGAUGAUAAAGCAGAGGAGGUAACAUUUGAGCUUAUUGAAGAGUCUGAGAUUCUCAAGAAAUCUACUUCUUCCAAUAACCUUAAGAUUGCUAGCCCAAAGCAACCGGAGAAAAGCGAUCCAUACAUUUCAUUUGCUCUUGAUGAUGAAGAAAGGGAUGAUGACGACUUAGAUUUAGAGGAAGCUUUCCAAAGUGAAGAUGAAGGUGAUGAAGCUAAUACUGAAAAGAAAGAUAGACGCUUUGCACAGGCAACUCCAGGUUCUCUAAAUGAGGCUGAAAUGAAAAACGUGCAAAACAGGUUAGAUGAAACAGGUGAUGAUGUCGAACAGUUCAACGAUGAUGAAGACGAAGACGAAGACGAAGAUGAAGAUGAAGACGAAGACGAAGAUGAAGAUGAAGACGAAGACGAAGAUGAAGAUGAAGACGAAGACGAAGAUAUGGAUGGUGAGAAGCGUGAUGUAGAUGCUAGUGUAAAACACAACGAAUUGUUGAAGGACGAAUUAAAAGAGUUAGAAGCCAUCUUACUGCAAACUGAACAAAAGCUCGAGAAAGCAACAAAUCCAUUAUUGAAGUCUAGAUUCGUCGACAGUAUGAAAAAAUUAGAAAAAGAGCUAGAUUUAAAGAGACAACAAUUAAAAAUCAGUAAUGAUAAUUUAAAUCCCGACAAAAAUGGCGAGAGCAAACAAGAAAACAAUGAAGAAGAAGACGAAGAGGAAUCUGAGGAGGAGGAAGAUGAAGAGGAAGAAGAGGAAGAGUAUGAAGAAGAAGCGCAACCUGUGGAUCAGAAACAGCAGUCGCAACAAGCAACCCAACCAGAACAAACCGAGCAAAGUGAACAAGCAGACGCAGAUCAAGAUCAGAACGUUGCAAAUGCAAAAGACGCGGAAAUUACUGCCGAAGGAAACGCUGGACUGGACCAAAAUGAUCUAGACAUGAUGAUGCUGUUUGGAGGUGAAGGAGACGACGCAGACGACUAG